AUUGCACGUGAGGUAUCCGUGUGGGCUAGACUCCACGACAAGAACGUGCUGCGCUUCCUUGGUGUUCGACCCCAAGAUGAUGGGAAUAGCCUCUGGCUUGUAUCUCCAUGGAUGGAAAAAGGCGACGUUAAAACGUAUCUCACGAACAACCCCAACAUUAAUCGCUUCUCUCUGGCAAGUCACAAUGGAGUUGCGUAUCUACAUAAGAACAAUAUCGUACAUGGCGAUCUCAAAGCGAACAAUAUUCUUGUCACCAGCGAUGGCCAACCACAAUUAGCGGAUUUCGGUCUAUCUGUCGUUCUUGAUGAUGUUCUGCCAGAGCAAACGACGUCAACGAUGUUUGCCGGAUCAGUCCGAUGGAUGUCCCCAGAGCGAAUUCAACCAGCCAAGUUCGGAUUGACUCAUGCUUCUUGUCGCACGCUUGCGGGCGAUGUGCACUCUCUUGCCAUGACGCUCUGGGAGAUCUUCGCACUCAGACUGCCGUAUCACGAAUUGACUCAGAUGGAUGUUCCAAGAGCCAUCGUGGCCGGCGAACGGCCCCCUCAUCCCGGCGAGACGGCAGAUGCGGUCGGUUUUACAUCCGAACUAUGGGAAUUCAUUCAGAAAUGCUGGGUCGAGGGACCAAAUGAACGACCCAAGCUCGCGGAG